UACACACAUAAACCCAACAACUCAUUCAUCACCACUCUCACAAAAAGAGCUAAGAAAUUCUAAAGGAAAAAAACAAUGACGACAAGAGUGACAGAUCAAGGUGGCAUCAACGGAGACAUAUUCGACGAUGGUGUUAACGAUUAUGUGAGGAAAGUGACUGUCGGAGAAUGCUCCCAGGGCAUCACUUACAUCAAGAUUGAGUACGUCAGACAUGGAGUAGUCGUGGAACAAGAACAUGGAAAAAAGACAGGAAUAGAAAGACAGACCGAGUUUGAAGUUAAUCACCCAGACGAAUACAUCACAACGAUCUGGGCAACGGUUAGCGAUGAUGACAUAUAUGGGAGUCGUACCAUCAAUAUCGAGAACCUGGCUGGAUUAGAGGAGUUAGAUCCAAGGUCUAAGUCUGCGGUGUCGGUGCUUCAGUUCAAGACAUCAUACGGGAGAAUAUCUCAGAUGUUUGGUUCUCCCGGUUUGGUUAGCAAGCGGUUCACGUUAAGAGGCAAAUACGGAACGAAACUUGUUGGGCUCCAUGGUCGCUUUGGUGACUUUCUCUGCUCUAUAGGAGCUCACUUUAUCUUCGUUUCUCCUGUUUUUAAGCAAGUAAAACCUCAUGGUGGGUUCUUUGGGGACGCUUGGGACGAUGGGGUUUACGACUGUGUGAGGAAAGUGCGUGUUGGAGAAGAUGCUGAUCGUGUCACCUCCGUUGAAUUCGAAUACAGUAUCGGAGAUCAACUGAUGACUCAUUGCCACGGCAAAAUACGACAAGAACGUAAAGAGUUUGUGCUGGACUAUGAAAAUGACGAGUACAUAAAGUCCAUUGAGGGAUUUUACGAUAAAUGUGGUUUCAUUUCGUCUUUAACCUUCAAAACAUCAAGAGAUAGAGACUCUGAGGUAUUUGGGAAACCUAUUGGUAGAAAAUUCGUCCUCAUGGCAAAAGGGUUUGAUAAGCUUGUCGGGUUCCGAGGAGGGUCUUACGAUAAUCGUGUCACUGCUCUCGGAGCAAAUUUUGCGGUGGUAGUAGCUCCACCAGUGAAGAAACUAGAAGCAAAAGGUGGGAAUCCUGGUUGCGAGGAGUGGGAUGAUGGGAUCCACGAAGGUGUUUACAAGAUAAUAGUAUCAAGCGAACACUCAGUUGUGAAGUCGGUCAAGUUUGAGUACGUCAACGGAUACGCCGAUGGACAGUACCAAACUGUAAAUGGAAACGAUCACGUGAAGAUCAUCCCAGGUGAUGAUAUCAAAGAGUUUAAGCUUUGUUUAGGAGAUGAAUACAUCAUAUCUGUUGAAGGACACUACAGUGAUGAAUUGACUGAACUGAUUGGACUGAUUGGACUCAAAUACAUAACGAUGCUUAAGUUCAAGACAAACAAGGGUAUAACAUAUCAAGCGUUGGGAAACGAAGAAGAAGAUUAUGUGGGAGAAUCGUUCGUGUUGGGGAUGGAAGGUCACAAGAUUGUUGGGUUCCAUGGCAUGUCUUCAUUGGAUACUCUUCAUCAAAUUGGUGUUUACAUCAAGCCAAUCGAUAACCCUUAAAAAGUUUUCUUUAUCUUAUAAAGUGCAAAAGCAUGCAUGUGUGCAUGCUUUAAACUCUCCUUAAUUACCUUUUUAUGUCAUCGUCAUGGUUGCUGUUGCUAGUAUUCUCCUUAAUUAUGCCUUAUGGCUCUUCCAUUUGAAUAAAGAAGUACUCUGUUUUUAUA